AUGUAUUAUAUAAUGAAUAAAGUUAGAACAUUCGUGAUUCUUAGCAUAUUUCAGAUCACUGGAUUAAGCGCAGUAUGCCGUCAGUAUGAAUCACAGAGCUUCGUUCGUUGGUCUGGGAUGACACCAGAUACUGCUAGGCCCGUCUUCAUGUACUCAGCGAGCGGUGGAGAAGAGUCACUAACAGGAGCUUGUAUUGCCCGAUGUAGAGAGUUAGAAGAGUGUGCAUCUGUUGUUGUGACGUAUACCAAAGGCAGUUGUCAGGGUCUUGCUUCUGCGCCGGUCACUCACCUACGUACGGAUAAUGACGUCGCAUAUUUUACGAAAACAUGUUUGAAAUUGGCCGCCAGUUGCAGUAGAAAGUGGUGGUCAGUAGAGAGUACUCCAGGUUACUAUUUGAAUUCCGAAGGUAAUAGUAAAAUUCUGGUCAACUCGACAGUGCAAGAAUGUUACAACGCACUAUUUUCGUCUAAUGAGAAAAAGUAUAGAUCAGCUCAAUGGGUAGAACCAAACAGUCCCUUAGACACGUUUUUGGUAUCCGACACUGCUGUUGGGAAUUGUGUAUUGAAUGUAGAGAACAAAUUCACUGAACCAGAGUCCUACAGGGUGUCUAACUACUACACGUUUUAUAUUGAAAAUGAUUGUGACCAUGACUAUCCAAAGAAAAUAGAUCGAUGCUCCUACGAAGAGUAUAACAAUCAGACAUUAAAACGGGUCGAUUUAAGCAUCCAAAAUACAACGAAGGAUGAGUGCAAAGCCGCUUGUGAAAAUGAAGAUCGCUUUAUAUGCCGUGGAUUCACCUGGACAUCAACGUUAUCUCGGGGUCUUUGUGACCUGCACAGUGAGGACCUUAUUACUGCUGGCUCCUGGCUUUUGAGACGAGUUUCAGCCGCUACAUACUAUCGCCGCGUCAUCUGUUUGAAUAUUUCUGUGGACUGUGAAGGAUCGAACUUGUUAGUCACGUACCGACCUCGUGGAACAUUCAAAGGAAGAAUGUAUGUACCGGGUCGUGGUGAAAAGUGCAGCGCCAGGGCUUUCACUGGUGUUGUCAAGUUAGCUCUACCACUUUAUGGGGAUUGUGACGUCAACUUUGCAUAUGCUAUCUCUAAAGGACCGAAUGGAAUUGUAAAUAGGACAAUGGCGUACGUGAUGUUAAUGAUCCAGAACAAUCCUAUAAUCCAGACAGCGGGUGAUAGAUGGGUGAGAGUUGGCUGUUCUCCUGGUGCUGGUUCUCGUGGAUAUACUAAAGUUGAUGCCACUGUCUCCGUACGAGAUACCAGUAGGCCUUCGAUAGUGAGCGAAACCAGUUCAGAAGCCGGAGCAAGCGCAGUGUUCGGUUCUGGAUCUGCUCCUCUGAGUAUGUACGUGGUACGGACCGGAAUGGACAAUGGGCCAGUAGCUGUGUCACUUGGAGAGCCACUGGAACUACGAAUUGAAACGACUGAUGAAGCGGAGAUUGAAGCCUACCACUUAGUCGCUUCUUCGAAGCUAGGAGAGAGUUCUGUCUUAUUACUCGAUAGCAGAGGAUGCCCAACUGGACAGGUAGACUUUCCAUCAUUCACACGGACCUUCGAGGGCAACACACAACGCCUGUCGGCGAAGUUCAAGGCGUUUCGCUUCCCCAAUUCACACGUUGUCAGAUUUGCAAUCAUGGUUCGCUUUUGUGACGAAAAAUGUGCACCGGUAAAUUGUGGUAAACAAUUCAGAAAUUCCCGCCAAACAAACAGCACUUACGACAGCGAGGUUGCAGCAGUCACUUCAGAGGCAUUUUGGGCUCCAAAUGUAGUAGCCCAAGGUGUUACAGCGAUGUGUGCCGAUGGCGAUGGUAGAAUUCCACUAGAACUAGAAAUGGUGGUGGGCGCUAGAGACAUCGUUUCCGCCGACACUCUUGUCAGAGCUGACCACAGAUCUUCUUUGCCAGAAGACGUUCAAGUGGGCGAUGGUGGAUUGGUCUGCGUGCAUGAACUACUGCUCGUAGCUUUAUUUCUUGCCUGGCUUGCCAUUCAAGUGCUGCUACUGCUAGGAUGCUGUGUGCUUGUAAAGAGGUAUAGAAAUCUAGCUGAAAUGAGUAUGCAAAAGGACUACCACUCUUUCGAUAAUAUCGGCUUCGACACAUCGUCCACACAUCGCCGUGUACACUGGCCGGACCAAAACAUAGACAUAUUACAUGCAACGUAG